CUGUGUCUUUACAUUGAUGCCUGUGCAUUGGAAGAAAUGGCCACCUCUUCCAACUUUUGCAGGUGUUCUUUGGUGGUGUUAGACUUUUAUUACUUAACAUUAGAACUUUAUUUGCUGGCCUGUAGUUUCUUCCCAUUCUGGGAAGGAUUUAUAUUGAGCACCAGAACUUAAACACUUCCCUGGAACUAAAUUACUGCCCUUUCAUUGUUUCCCAGUCUGGGGAAGACUUAUUGUGAGUACCAGAACUUAUAGCUUGCACAGGAACUUAAACACAGACUUGCAGUGGUUUCCAGGUCUGGGGAAGACUUAAGAGAGCACCAGAAUUUCAUCACUGACUUUUCAGUUGCUUCCAGGUCAGGGGAAAGUUCCAUGUAAGCAUCCGGGCUGUGUGGGAAAUCUGACCAGGGACUCAGGCCUUGCCAUGGGUUGUAUCCCAUGAAGCACUAUGGCACUGUCCAGUCUCCUUCGUGUGAUGCCCAGCUGAUUUAUAUGCAGAGUAGCCACCAAGAUCCACAUGCUAGUUCCUGUGAUAAGCACCCCUUCCCCCCACUUGUCUUCAAUUCACCCCGGGUGGUUCAGCCCUCCUGGCAUUCCCAGUGCUUCCUGUGGGACAGGACUGCAGUGGGCUUCCCAUGAAAAUUCCCAGACCAGUGGGAAGGUAGAAUGUCCACUUCCAGUUCCCUCCUCCCACCUUGGAAACUGUGGGUCCAGGGAAGUUCUCUAAAAACACUGAAGAGGCACCAGAUCAUGCACUCCCAGAAAGCUCCACUUGCACUCCUUGAGGGCUCCACCUUCGAUAGAAAAGGAGAAAUGGCAGCUUUGCUCUUCUCUAGGCUGUGGAAAGUCUCCAAUUCAACUCUGUUCCAAAUGAUGCUGGUCACUGUUUUGUUGGCUACCGUUCUUGGUGACUGUGGUCCUCCACCCAAGUUACCAUUUGCUUCUCCAAUAAAUCCGUUGUAUGAUACUGAAUUCAAAACUGGAACUACUCUGAAAUACACCUGCCACCCUGGAUAUGGUAAAAUCAAUUCAAGUCGACUGAUUUGUGAUACCAAAGGCUCAUGGAACUAUAGUAUCUUUUGUGCAAAGAAACGAUGCAGAAAUCCAGAAUUAAUCAAUGGGAUAGUGGAAGUUAAGAAAGAUCUUCUCCUUGGUUCAACCAUAGAAUUCAGCUGCUCAGAGGGGUUUUUCUUAAUUGGCUCAACCACCAGUCGUUGUCAGAUCCAAGGUAAAGGAGUUGACUGGAGUGAUCCUCUCCCAGAAUGUGUAAUUGCCAAGUGCGAGCCCCCUCCAGACAUCAGGAAUGGGAAACACAGCGGUGGAGAUCGAGAAUUCUACACAUAUGCCUCCUCUGUCACUUACACCUGCAACCCCUACUUCUCACUCAUAGGCAAUGCUUCCAUCUCCUGCACGGUGGAGAAUAAAACAAUAGGUGUCUGGAGCCCAAACCCUCCUAUCUGUGAAAAAAUUGUCUGUCGUCGACCACAGAUUCCAAAGGCAAUCUUUGUUUCUGGAUUUGGACCCCUCUAUACUUACAAAGACUCUAUUGUGGUUAACUGUGAGGAAGGUUAUAGCCUCCGAGGCAGCAGUUUAAUCUAUUGUGAAGCGAAUAAUGAGUGGUAUCCUUCUGUUCCCUCUUGCGUAUCCAGAGUGGAUGCUUGUACCGACCUACCGGACAUUUCCUAUGCUUCCUGGGAGAGAAAUGACUACAACCUAAGUGAUCACGAAAUAUUUGAAAUUGGAACUGAGUUGAAAUAUCUAUGCAAACCUGGCUAUAGACCUGUUUUAGAUGAGCCUCUGACUGUGACUUGUCAGGAAAAUUUGACAUGGACAUCUUCCAACGAGUGUGAGAGGGUAUGUUGCCCAACACCAGAUCUGGAGAAUAUCAGAAUCAUAAAUGAAAGGAGGUAUUUCACUGGUAGAUGUGUCUAUGCCUAUGGAGACAAUAUUUCAUAUAUGUGUGAUGAAGGCUAUUAUCCUGUUUCUGUUGAUGGGGAGAGUUCAUGCCACACAGAUGGCACAUGGAAGCCUAAAAUGCCAGCAUGUGAACCAGUUUGCAGUUACCCUCCCAGUAUUGCCCAUGGACACUACAAGGAAGUUAUUUUAAUAACUUCUUAUCCUGAGGCUACAUACGAAUGUGAUGAAGGAUAUGUUUUGGCUGGAUUUGCUACAAUCUACUGCAAGUCUUUUCACUGGCAACAUGCACCUCCUCAAUGUAAAGCUCUGUGUCUGAAACCAGAAAUAGUGAAUGGAAGGCUGUCUGUGGAUAAGGAUCAGUAUGUUGAGCCUGAAAAUGUCACUAUCGAAUGUGAUUCUGGCUAUGGUGUGAUCGGUCCCAAAAGUAUCACUUGCUCAGAGACGAGAACCUGGUACCCAGAAGUGCCCAGGUGUGAGUGGGAGGCACCUGAAGGUUGUGAGCAAGUGCUCACAGGCAGAAAACUCAUGCAGUGUCUCCCAAGCCCAGAGGAUGUGAAAGUGGCCCUGGAGGUGUAUAAGCUGUCUCUGGAGAUUAAACAACUUGAAAAAGAGAGAGACAAAUUGAUGAACACCCAUCAGAAAUUAUCUGAAAAAGAGGAAAUGAAGGACUUAUUUUUCCCUUCAAAUCAACAUACAGAAUCUUCAUUCAUCAAUUCUACUCUUCCUUAAGCAACAUCACUCUAAUAAGUGUUUGGGCUGGAGAACUUUCUUACUACUGCUAGAGAAAAUGUGUAAUUAUCGGUAAUCUAGCCUUUUGUAGCUCAAAUGUCUACUUUCCUGGACUUGAAGUGCUGGUUAAUUAAAUAAUUAUUUAUCAAAUAUCA